AUGGCCGUCAGAAACCAAGCCCCAACUCCCGUGUCCAACAAAGCAAUAACCUUCCUACUCGAAGACUGCCAGCACGGCACCGCAGCCGAAGACGCACCCUUCGUAAUCUCAGCGAAGAUCGGAACCGGACUAGUCCGAAGAAUACUAGUAGACACCGGCGCAGAUUCCAACAUCCUCUUCCGGGGGGCCUUCGACAAGCUUGGGCUCCGCGACGAAAAUCUCCAAACGCACCGCAACGGAGUCACGGGACUCGGGGACAACUUCCUCAAACCAGAAGGCUCCAUCACACUCCCCCUCACCAUAGGAACCGGUGACAAGAGGAGGACACUCAUAGCCGAAUUCGUGGUCCUAAAAGACUCCACUGCCUACAAUGUCAUCCUCGGAAGAAAGACGAUCAACGACUUUUCGGCCAUCAUCUUCACCAAAUACCUCCUUAUGAAGUUCAUAGCGGAGGACGACUCCAUCGGGACCAUCCACGGAGAUCGGGAAAUCGCGGCAGAAUGCGACAACACCAGCCUGGCUUUACGGAAAAAAUCCCGCGACGCAGCCGGGAUAUUCCUGGCCGACCUAGAUGCCCGACAAGACGGCCAACCUAGACCCGAACCAGAAGGCGACAUGGAGAAACUGCAAAUAGGACAGACCAAGGACGAAUACACCUUCAUCAACAGGAACCUCCCUUAUGACCUAAAAGAAGACCUUUCCCAAUUUUUAAAACAAAACAGAGACCUGUUCGCUUUCACUCCAGCCGACAUGCCGGGGAUAGAUCCUGACUUCGUGUCCCACCGGCUAGCCGUGAACCCUAAAGCCAAACCCGUAGCACAAAGAAGAAGAAAAAUGUCAGCAGACCGAGCGGCCGAAGUCAAGAGACAAGUACAAGCCCUGCUCGAAGCAAACUUCAUCCGAGAACUUCCCUACAUGACCUGGUUGGCAAACGUUGUACUUGUAAAGAAAUCCAACGGAAAAUGGCGAAUCUUUAUGGACGCGUACUCCGGCUACAAUCAGAUACCCAUGCACCGACCCGACGAAGAAAAAACGGCGUUCAUCACCCCCGACGGAACGUACUGCUACACAGUCAUGCCCUUCGGUUUGAAAAACGCCGGAGCAACAUACCAACGGCUCGUCAACAAAAUAUUCCAGAACCUAUCCGGAACCAAACUAGAAGUCUACAUAGACGACAUGCUCGCCAAAACUGACUCCGACGAACAACUCAUCAGCGACCUCAAGGUCGUAACAGACACCCUAAGAAAACACCAAAUGCGACUCAACCCAACAAAGUGCGCCUUCGGAAUGGAGGCAGGAAAGUUCCUCGGCUUCAUGAUCACACAACGCGGAGUUGAAGCCAACCCGGAGAAAUGUCGCGCCAUUCUCGAGAUGACGAGCCCAAAAAACCUACGCGACGUUCAGAAGCUCACCGGUCGACUGACAGCCCUAUCUCGCUUUCUCGGAGCAUCAGCCCAAAAAGCAAUCCCCUUCUUCAAACUAAUGAAGAAAGGAGCCCCCUUUGCAUGGAAAGAAGAGUGCGAAGCGGCAUUCCAACACUUCAAGGAAACCCUGGCGGAACCACCAAUCCUCGCCAAACCCCAAACAGGGGAAACCUUCAAAGUCCUACAAGACGCAGAGACCCGCUACUCGCGCUUAGAAAAACUAGCCUUUGCCCUCCUCACGGCGUCCCGACGCCUGCGACAAUAUUUUCAAGCCCACCCCGUAACGGUUCGAACCGACCAAGCAGUCAAACAGGUACUACAGAAGCCCGACCUAGCGGGUAGAAUGCUAGCAUGGUCCGUCGAACUAUCCCAAUUCGACAUCAAGUUCGAACCCCGAUACGCAAUCAAAGCACAGGCCAUGGCCGACUUCAUCGCAGAGAUGACCCCAGGAAACACCCCCCCCGAGGCAUGGAAACUGCACGUCGACGGCUCCUCGAACGUCACUUCCGGAGGCGCCGGUGUCAUUCUGGAAAGCCAAAACGGCGUCGUGAUCGAACAAUCGGUCCGAUACGAUUUCCCGGUCUCGAACAACCAAGCAGAAUACGAGGCCCUCCUGGCAGGCCUAACCCUAGCCAGCGAAGUCGGGGCGAAAGUCCUGGAGAUCAGCACGGAUUCGCAAGUAGUCAGUUCCCAAAUCAACGGAGACUACCAAACGCGAGAUCCCCUACUACAACAAUGCCUCGCCAAGGUCAACAAACUAAAAGAAGAAUUCGACCAGGUAAUCAUACAGCACGUCCCCAGGGAAAGAAACGCCAGAGCCGACCUCCUCUCCAAACUCGCUAGCACCAAACCAGGACACGGCAACAAAUCGCUAAUCCAGGAGGUCGUCAAAACGCCGUCCGUAUCCUUAAUAGCCGACACCCACCUGACACACUCCCACCACAAAUCAUGGACCUACCCCAUCCUACAGUACCUCCUCAACAGGGAACUGCCCGAAGACCCUAAAGAGGGAAAACGAAUAAAAAGGGAGGCCGCCGGUUAUACGGUCGUCGCAGGACAACUAUACAAACGCGGAUUCUCGCAACCCCUGCUCAAAUGCGUGCAGCCCGGGAGCACGGAAUACAUACUACGCGAAAUCCAUGAAGGCUGUUGCGGCCACCACGUCGGAGGUAAAACCCUUGCCCAAAAAGUCAUCCGCGCCGGCUACUUCUGGCCCACGAUCAUCCGGGACUCCACGCAACUAGUGAAAAAUUGCGAUAAAUGUCAACGGCACGCCAACAUCCACCAAGCCGCCCCACAUCAGCUCAGCAUCAUAUCGGCAGAACGGCCAUUCGGCACCUGGGGGAUCGACCUUGUCGGACCUUUUCCCACGGCACCAGGCCAGCUCCGAUAUCUCAUCGUCGCCAUAGACUAUUUCACCAAAUGGAUCGAGGCCGAGCCACUAGCCUCUAUCACGGCGACCCAAUGUCGAAAAUUCCUUUGGCGACAAAUCAUCACCCGGUUCGGGAUCCCCGAGAUCAUCAUCUCAGACAACGGAACCCAGUUCGCCGACACCAAAUUCAAGGAAUUCCUAAACGGGCUACGCAUAUCCCACCGCUUUAGUUCGGUAGAACACCCCCAAACAAACGGACAAGUGGAAUCAGCAAACAAAAUAAUAGUCAAAGGCCUCAAGAAACGACUCGACGAAGCCAAAGGACUAUGGGCAGACGAACUCGGAUCGGUCUUAUGGUCGUACCGCACGACCUCGCAGACAGCUACCGGGGAAACCCCCUUCCGAUUAACCUACGGCACGGAAGCUAUCAUCCCAGUUGAAAUCGGCGACCCAAGCCCGCGAAGAACAAUCGGAGGCAACGACGAGGAAGCAGAACGAGACCUCACUGGCGAAAUAAGAAGCGUAGCCCACCUCAGAGAGCUAGCCCUAAAACAAAGAAUCAGCCUGAGAUACAACCACGGAGUCAUUCGGCGAGAGUUCACAACUGACGACCUCGUCCUACGGCGAAACGACAUCGGCCCCCCAACCCCGGGAGAAGGAAAACUCGCCCCCAACUGGGAGGGACCAUAUAGAAUCAAAGCUGCAAUCGGGAAAGGAGCCUACAAGCUCGAACGACUUAACGGUAACGAAGUCCCAAGAACAUGGAACGCCGCCAACUUACGGCGAUACUACUCCUAA